AUGCUUGAUUUUGUAAAAGAAAUGCACCAAUGUGUAGAGGACGACAGGCACGCAGGUAACAAAUGGCGAAUGCUACAACCAGCACGAUGAUAUAAAUUGAUAUUAAUGUCUCCGCGUGUUUGUUUCCAGCUUCAUCGCAUCCUUGUAACAUAGUUUGACUACGUCUCUUGUAAACAUACAUACUUUAAUGUGACACCUGUGGCUAUGUAAUUUCAAUUCGGCCCUUGGGACGCAUCCUCUUUGGAUUGCUCUUGGUCGAAAGAGAAUUCAAAACACUAUUUAGAGUGUUAUUUUUGAGCUUCUAUCUUAAAAACUGCAUCUCUUAUUAUGGUAUUUCCAUUUCUGGUCUGAUUGAGAACUAACCCCGAACUUCAGCGUGUGACAGGCGCGUGCGAGUAAAAACCCGAUAUUUUGAAAAAUUAAUAUUUCUACUGGCCGCAUUCAAACGAAAUUUUCUACACGAAAGCGCUUGAAUACAAGGAGUAUACUAUUUAACAGCUUUGACUUGUGGCGAAUUCCGAAGAGUUCAAGAGAUAUUCAAGUUUUUCUUGAUAUGAAAUAUUUGUUUGUUAAAAGUAAAAUUUAGGAUUGUUUUGCUUUGUGUAAUGUUAAAAAAUCUUAAUUACUUUUGACCAUCCACAAAGAUUGAAGCACUAGUCAGUGAGAUCAAUCAAUCGUGCAUUAACAUUAUGAUUUUAUUUUCAAAAAGGCGUAUGUUAUUUAGCUUUCUCAUCAUUAGAUAUUCAUAGCAUUUCGGCCAAUGAUAUGGUGGAAUUUACAUCACGUGUAUCUAUCUGGAUAUCCCGUCUAGACCUGAGGCCGGUUGUUCAAAGCCCAAUUAGCGCUAACCCUGUGUUGAAUUUUAAUCUGCUGUUUUUGUUAAUGUAUUUCUGCAUGAUCAUUCUUUGCAAAACUUAGAAAAUAAAACCUCUAUUGAACCAGAAAAGAUUUCUGGGAAAAGAUAAUCAACUUGAUUGACGAGUUUUUGGAAAAUUUAAUUUGUAGAUUUGUGUUAACCCAGGGUUAGGCUAACCGGCUUUUGAACAACCGGCCCCAGGACUUUAAUUACUUAAGUGGGAAGGGCUUUGAACAUUAGGGAAAUUGAGGGGUAAACAAAAUAUUAUGCAAACAUAUUUAAUUGCUAAGUUUAGAAUUAAUUCUAAAUACAGCAAGCUGUAUUUAGAAUUUUUUUCUAACUGUACUUUAGAUCUAAUACUUUUUCUCAACGUUUGGAAACUACAUAAAUAUAUGAAAAGGAAAAUUACGAUUUUUUACUAUCAUAAUAAUUAGGGCUUUAAACACUACAGCAAUAACAACUUACCAGUAAUGUUUACCGUAUAAUAUAUUCACUUCGCGCCUCUUCCAUUUUCCACCAGAUAGCGGCUUAUCGCACACACAAUCUGACAUAUAUAUAGUUUUUUCGGGGUACGGAUCUCCAUCCUUGUCAGCGAGUAACGUGAAGGUCAGGCCCUAAUCACAGAAUAGGGCCUGACACAAAACCUGUCUAAACUGUGGGAUUCCCGUCCUUCUGGUGGGCGGGAAAUCUGAUUGGUUGAUCAGCAUCAUGAAAGAUUUUUAUUGGCUGCAAGUUCACAUAAACAACAGUUUUAAAAAUAGCUCGGUCAAGGGCUCAAGGCAACAAUUAAUAUAAAGGUCAAAACGCACGUAACAAAUUCCAUUAUCGAUUUCUUCGAAUUUCUUUUCUUUUAUGCUUUAUGGCAGAAAAUAAAUCAGACAAACAGUAUUGUUAAAUAGAGAAUAAUACAUGGGUGCGUGGAAAUACCAGCUUUAUUUCGAGUGUUGAACAUAUCAUGUUCAACACGAGAAAUAAAUCUGGUAUUUCCAAGCACCCAUGUAUUUUUCUGUUUAUUAUAAAAAAAAAUUCAGUGAAAAACAAUAAAACGUCCGUGGCAAUGCGUUUUACAACAUGUGAUAUUUUCACACGUAAAAUAUCGUAUUUUUUUACGUGUGUUUAAAUACGAUUUUUCUCAGUGGCCAAAAAAUCCAUAUAACACUUAUGUUUAUAUAAUAAAGGGCUUUAUCAAAAUCCUUGACGUAAUAUAUGAACAACGAGAGCGAGUAUUUCACCGGGAUAUAGUCGAGGACCUGUAUAUGAGUUUGUAUGCAUUUCAUUUAGGACAGAUAAUCUCAACUGUUUUAGGGCAAGUUGACCAUGACGGUCAACAUGGUAACGCUGCCCGAACCCCAAUCCGGGACGAAACGUCCGAAACUGACCACACCCAAAAACGACGCUUUUGCCAUACUGCUAUCUAUCAAACCAUAAAAGUUUUGGCUAUUCUGAGGUGCUUAUAUGGUUCAGAGAUGGUACUUUUGGGGUGGUCAUUGGUAAGUGUGAAAUGCCUAGCACUAAUAUUUCACAAGAAAAUGACCAUGCAAUAAUCAUAGUUAAACGUCAAUUUGUGGCUUACAACUUCAGAUAAACAGCAGUGGACUUACAUUACCUUUUUCCCUAAAUCUUUUUGAUAGAAACAUAAUUGGUACUUAUUUAAAUAUAUUAUCACUGGUUUGGUGUAAAUAGUUAAUAUUUUCUGACCGAAAUAAUAAUUUGAAAUGUGCCUACCUCCUGCAAAUGGACGUAUUUGGCCAAAUUCUCCACUUUACUCCGCUGUUUAUCGGCGAUCUCGUCGACAUCCUACAAAAAUGUAAAUCAUCUCAGACAUAAUGGUAUCAAGAACAUUUUAAGCAAGUUCAACUUGGUUUCAAGUAGAUCAUACCUGUUUAACCAUCGACAAGGUAAAUCCCCAACUUUGUCCAAAUUCGACGCCAUUUUGUCAUCCCAUGUCGGUUUUCAACAAUUAGGCCUUGUUACUCUUCCAUUCACGCCAUAUCCAUUGCACAAAUAACAAAUUUAACCCUUUGUUAAGGGUAUUAAAAUAAAAAUACAAAUGAAAUAUGCGAAAUGCAGCAUUUUAUUACCCGGUAAAAUGUUGCUUACGAGUCCUUCAAAACAUUUCGUACAAAUCUCGCGUGGUUUAGCAACAGGGACGUGACAGGGGGUAGAGACUUGAAAAAUGAAAGCAAAGCCCCACACAGUAUCGUAAAACCAUUAAACCAACAAUCAGCAUUUAAUUUGUAUGACUUGUUCAUAUUAAUAAAUAAUAAUAUGUAUAUAUUUGUCGCUACAAGAAAUAAAACAAACGUUUGUAUGAUUGUCUUUAGCUUUUAGUCUAUUUCACGCAGCCUUCUUCUAUCUUCGUGAAAUAAUUCAACCCCCCCUGUCACGUCCCUGUUACUUUGUCACGCGAGAUUUGUACGGAAUGUUUUGAAAGACUCGUGAGCAAGAUCUUACAGGGUGAUAAAAUGCUGCAUUUCGCAUAUUUCAUUUGUAUUUUUAUUUUAAUACCCUUAACAAAGGGUUAAAUUUGUUAUUUGUGCAAUGGAAAUGGCUUGGAUGGAAGAGUAACAAGGCUGAAUUGUUAACAAGCGACAUGGGAUGACAAAAUGGCGCCGAAUUUGGACAAAGUUGUGGAUUUCCCUUGUCGAUGGUUAAACAGGUAUGAUCUACUUGAAACCAAGUUGAAACUUGUUUAAAAUGUUCUUGAUACCAUUAUGUCUGAGAUGAUUUACAUUUUUUGUAGGAUGUCGACGAGAUCGCCGAUAAACAGCGGAGUAAAGUGGAGAACUUGGCCAAAUACGUCCAUUUGCAGGAGGUAGGCACAUUUCAAAUUAUUAUUUCGGUCAGAAAAUAUUAACUAUUUUACACCAAAUCAGUGAUAAUAUAUUUAAAUAAGUACCAAUUAUGUUUCUAUCAAAAAGAUUUAGGGAAAAAGGUAAUGUAAGUCCACUGCUGUUUAUCUGAAGUUGCAAGCCACAAAUUGACGUUUAACUAUGAUUAUUGCAUGGUCAUUUUCUUGUGAAAUAUUAGUGCUAGGCAUUUCACACUUACCAAUGACCACCCCAAAAGUACCAUCUCUGAACCAUAUAAGCACCUCAGAAUAGCCAAAGCUUUUAUGGUUUGGUAGAUAGCAGUAUGGCGAAAGCGUCGUUUUUGGGUGUGGUCAGUUUCGGACGUUUCGUCCCGGAUUGGGGUUCGGGCAGCGUUACCAUGUUGACCGUCAUGGUCAACUUGCCCUAAAACAGUUGAGAUUAUCUGUCCUAAAUGAAAUGCAUACAAACUCAUAUACAGGUCCUAGACUAAUAUCCAAACACGAGAAAACAAUGCAUGAAAACACGAGCACGAAGCGCGAGUGUUUUCAUACAUUGUAUUCGAGUGUUUGGAUAUCCCGGUGAGACACGAACUCGAGUUGUUUAUAUGGCUUCUCAAAUGAAUCGAUACGUAACACUGAGAAUGUUUUCGGUUGCUGAUUUGAAUAGAAUGCUUAACCAAGCAUGAUGUACUUAGGAAUUCUAUUCAAGUAAUUUUGCAUGCAUAAUUAAGAUAUUUGAUGAAAACACUAGUGACUUUCAUCAAGUAUCCAAAAGGCACCUUGUGAUCAAAUAGGUGAUUAUCAUUGGCUGAAUUGCUCAUGAAUUAUUAAUGAAUUUGAGAAGAAUUUUGGACACACGACGCUGAAAGAACAGCCAAACUAGUCAUGUAUUCGAAAUCUUGUUGUUGACAAUCAAGAUGUUCUGCCAACUGGUUUCGCCGGCAAAAGUCUUAUUUUUAAUAUCAGGUCCUACCGGCGUUGUUUUCUGAGCUACAUCGCCUUCUUCAUGGUACGAUUGAGAAUUUAAUUUGUUGCUGUUGUUAGCCCGUUAGAGUAUAUCCGCGUCCAGCAAGUUGAGACCUUGAGAAAGUUUGGCAGUCAAGCCCUGCACAGAACUGACUAAUUAAAUAUUUGCUUGCUGUUCGGUUAAAUAGAGAAACUGACCCUUAAUUAUAUAAAAGUACCUUGAAUUUUUAAGUUUAAUUAAAAAGCCAAAUGCACAUUCUGCGAACUUGUUCAUGAGAAUAUAUGAGAGUAUAAAUUUUUUGUGUAACAAAAUCUACAACACUUGUCAAUCAUAUUGCAUGCUGUGUCUGAAAUUAACAUGUGGGCGUCCCACGAUCUAGACAGGUUUUGUGUCAAGCCCUAUUUAAAAUUAGGGCCUGAACUUCAGGUUAGUCAGCGAGUGGCUUUCUUUACAUUUUAAUUUCAAUACUGUGCUCAACACUUUCCGGUUCUCAAAAACGCUUUUCUUAUAAGAAGAUGCCAUGCUCUUACGCUAUUCAUAACGAAAACGAACUGAAUGCUUCGUUAUACUUCAUGAAAACUUUCAAGCGAAUGUAAUCGUUAAUACGUACCACGCUCACUUUUUUGAAUAUCUAAUAAUUUUAUGCCUCAUUGCUAUGAAUAUCUAAUGAUGUGUGAUAAGCAAUUUCAAAUCCUCGUUACUGUUUUAAACUUGGCUUCCAAAUCCUCAGUGCCAUGAAUAAUGCUCGGCUGCGCCUCGCCAUUGUUCAUGGCACUUGUAUUUAGAAACCACGUCUAAAACACUAACUCGGAUUUGAAAUAUUACUAAAAAUCACCUGUUGUUUCGAUGUUUACACUUUGUCCCACUUUGCGAUGCAAAUCGUGCAGAGGCUUCGCGCCUUUCCUUGCCUUCGCCCUUUUCCGCCUGUUCCAAGAUCCGCCAUGUAAAGUGUAGUGAAAUGUAUCUCAAUAUUAAUCGUACUAAAUCAUGGCCAACGGAAGCCUUUGCGGAGGUGAUGGACCGAACAGGAGUCGGAGGAAAGAGGCUCGAGCAACCGCACAGUAGGAGAGUCAACUUUUAUAUAGCAGGACUCAAGAGUAACGAAGAAUUCAAGAUCGAAGCACACGAGAUCGACAAGACCAGUCUAAAUGUUCCUGACUUGGACCGAAAUUUAUAUUUGCUCAAUUCAUUCUCUCACCUCCAAGGUAUCCAGUUUGAUCAUAUUGCGGGUCCAGUUAAUCUCAUCCUAGGAGUCCACUACACUCAUCUACAUGCAGAAGAAGAAACACGUCGUGGUGACGCCUUUCAACCAGUGACUAAGAAAACUAAGCUCGGGAGUUAUGUAAUUGGGGUAAACGAAGAGUCUGGAACUCCCGAAGUUUAUUCAAUACAUCUCGUCCAAAUAAUCGACUUGGAGAAAUUCUAUGAAUUCGAAACACUUGGAGUCCAAGCUCCCAAUCGUCAAUGCUCUACCUUACGUCUGUCUCCUGACGAUAAGCGAGCAAUAGAACCAAUGGAAAAGUUAUGUAAGCUCGAAAACAACCGUUACAUCAUUUGUCUCCCGUGGAAAAGGGAUAAAACUUUGCUACCCAAUAAUCGUUCGUUAGUAGAGAGCCGACUUCAAUCGUUGGAAAAGAGUUUAAGUAAAAAUGAAGAAAAGGCGAAAAUGUAUGACGACGUUAUUAUCCAAUAUCAAGCCAACACCUGGGCGAUUCCGUUGAGUGAAGAAGAUCUGAAAGUCGAAAGGAAACCCGUGUAUUAUUUGCCCCACCAUGGGGUUUACCGUCCUGACAAGAAAAGCGCCCCAGUAUGA